UUUUUGUGUGCAUUAAGUUUAAAUUACAUUAAAACUUAAAACAAAUUUUGAGAUAAAAAUAAUACACCUAAUAAUAAGCAUGAGAGAUUUUUCAAAAGGGUUUAAGAUUUUAGUUUUCUCUUUUAAAAUUAUUUUAGGGGUAUUAGAUAAAAUUUCUAACAUUGUAUACUUUUGUUAUUAGCCAUUUAAAUUUAAUCAAAUUAGAGAGGCUAUGCUAUUCUUUAUUUUACUUAGUCCAAUAAUUUAGUCAGUGGCAUGGAGUAUACUUUUAGCUUAGAUGAGAGUAGAUAUACCGAAACCGCUAAAAAUGAAUCGAGUUAAAUAAUCGACAUCUGUUUUAUCAUUUGUUUGUAAUUUACUAAUAAGUGUUGUUGAAUAUAAUGUUAAAUUAUUGUUUCAAAUUGUAAAAUAUCUACCCUAAUCUGUAAUGAUAACACUACUUUAAUAGAUUAAAAUAUUUCCUUUCUGUCUUUUUGGUUACACAUAUUUUAAGUAUUAAGCCAUUCUGACUAGGGAUUUAAUGAAAAAUCUAGCUCCUCACUUGUUUUUAUUUUAACAAAUAGAAGAAGAAGAGGAAUAAGAAAAAAAGCUUAUGAAAGAAAAUAAUAACAAUAAUAAUAAUUAAAUUGUAGAAUUAAAACAUGAAUAGAUAUCUCCAAAAAUGGUAUCGAAAUCAAUUAAUAAAAGCAUCAGUAGUAUCAAUAUAUCUCCUGAAUCAUCAUCUUCGCCAAGAAAGAUAAUUAACCUAAAAUAAGCAUUUUAAUAAGAAGAAAAACCAGGAAGCCAGUAAAUUCCUAUUAACAUUAAUUUGGAUCUUAAAAAUAAAGGAUCCUCAUAGAGAAUCGAUUCAGAGCUAGACGAUUCAAAGAAUUUACAUAAUCCUUUUUUGUCAAAAUCACCAACUAAUAAUGAUUAGCUAUAUUAGAAAUAUUUUAAUUAGAACAUAUUUUAAACAAAAAAGCUAUUGAAUCAAAAUUCUCCUCUUAAAAAGCCCCAUGAAAGUAUAGAUUUAUAAAAUACAUUCGGUAAUAGUGUGCUUUUAAUGUAAAAUUAGUAAAGAAAAGAAUCUAUUAGCUCCCCUACCAGAAAAAAAAAUAAUCAUUAGUUAGUUGCUUAAAAUACUGAUUUUUUUGAUGAAGAUAAUAUGCAUUAAAUGAGAAGAAGAGCAACAAGUAUAAAAAAAAAAGGUUUUGAUAAGUCUAUCCAAAAUAUAACUUAACUCUUGAAGUAUAAUAAUUAAUAAUAGCAAUAAAUUAUUCACCAUUAACAAUAAGUACAGUAGUAAGAAGUAACUAGAAAAAGAGGUAUAAGCAUAUUAAAAAGAGAGAAUUUAAAUCAACCAAAUAAUGCUGCUCUUCACUUGUAAAAUCAAUAAGUUAUCCCUGAAAAUGAGGCUGAAAAUGAUUAGGAGACAAACGAUAAAGUUUUCAACGAAACUGAUUUACUUCUUGAUGCGAAUAUUCAGCCUACAUUUGACACUCUGAUUCAAGAUCAUAAUUUAGAAUAAUUUUUAUUGAUUACAGAUGUAAUUGAAGCUAUGUUUGAGGCUUUACCUAUGACUGUUAUACAGUUCAUUAACAAUGGUAUUAAUGAUUCUUGGAAGUUAUCAAAUGGAACUUAUAAUCUUUUUAUUUAUUUUUCAUUUUUUACUUCAUUAAUAACUAUUUUUUUACAUGGUAUUUCAUUGAUAAAUAUACUUUAUGAUGAAAAUAUCAAAAUAUUUUACUUUACAUUACAAUUUUUACAAAAAUUUUAAAUGAAUAAUAAUGAUGAUAAAUCAUAAACUUACGAAAGCGAUUCUACUGAUAAAAAUAAAUAAAAUAGUGAUAACAAAAAUAACAAUAAUAAUCAAUAAGCUAAUGAGGAAGAAAACAAAAAUGAAAACUUAAAAAAUAUUAAAAAGAAGAAUUCAAAAAAGAAGGCUGAAGGUUUUGGAAGGAUUUUCCCCAUGAGAGCAGAAGUUAAGUUAGAUAAUUUAAUGUAGCUUAAUAAGCUAUCAAUUCUUCGAUAAUAAGCAAGUGAGGAAAUAAAAUCGUUACAAUUAUUCUAUAAUGGCUAUAGAUAUUAAUCUUAAAAAAUAAUUAAUACAAUAAGCAAAGCUUUGGAUAAAAUAAAAUUUUUAAAUAAAUUGAUUAUCGAAUUUGAUGAUAACUUUUACUAAAAAGAGAUAUCUCCAUUAAUAAAUAAAAUUCUUACUGAGCAAAAUAAUUUGAAUAAUCUUUAAAUAUCCUACUAUGGUAAUCAAAUGAGUAAGGAAGAAGCUUAUAACAUCUAUAGAAUGAUUAAUUCAUGGCAUUUAAAAAUAUAAGAUACUGCUGAAGAUAUUUUAUUUUAAAAUAACUCUAUUUUUAUAUGGAGAUGUUAUAAACUAAAAUAAGUGUAUCCUAAUGAUCUUUAUGAAGUAUUUUAAGAUAGAUUUGAAGCAUUAUUUGAUACAUCACCUUCAGAAAAAUAUAUUGUAGAAAUAGUCUUACCAGAAAAAGAGUUUAAUGAGCAAGAGUGUGAAGAAUUUUUAUAAACUAUGGCUGAAUGGGAGAAUUUGCAGCACUUAUAACUUAUUUACAGGUCCAUGCCAAGAAAAUAUGAGAGCUAAAUGAAUUAUUAUGUAAGUAAUUCAUAAAAUCUCUAAUCUUGUUUAUUGGUAAGUGGGAAGAAUGGAUUGAUUUACAAUAAAGGAUAUAAUUUAUAACUUGAUAAGAAUAAAAAUUAUCUAUAAAUUGAAAAUCGUUCUUUUAUUUUCAACUAUGACGCCUUAAAAUUUAUAUUUGACAAGAAUAUAAAUUUAAUUUUAAAGCUUUAAUUAGAGGAAAUUACCUUAAAUUUUGAAAAUCAAAACGAAAAUGAAAAUUACUUUAAAGAAUAUCAUGUAUAAAGCCUUAUGAAGUUUGUGCAAGAAUAUAAGGGAUUGGUUUCAUUAAACUUAAAUUUAAGAAAUAAUAAUAUUACUCCAAUUACAUCAGAAUCAAUAGGUUAAUGCAUACAUAAUUUGAGUUCUCUUAUUGAUAUUGAAUUGAACUUUAGUGAUAAUAGGUUUGGAGCCAUUGGUGUUAAUAAUAUUUUUAAGUUUUUUGAUAAAAAUAGUAGAAAAUUUAGAAAAAUAUCUAUAAAUUUGUGUAGAAAUUUAAUUUAAAAUGAAGGAGUUGGUCACUUAAUUAAAUUUUUAAAUAAUUAAACUUAAAAGCUGGUAAUCUUAGAGAUUUAAAAACUGAAUAAUAAUAAUAAUAUUGGAAUAAGCACAUCUUUUAUUGAAUCGAAAAAAGAUAUUUUUUUAGAAUAUCUUAGCUUAGAUUUGUCCAAUAAUAGAUUCAAAUCUGAUCUGCUUGAUCAUUUACUUAAAGUUAUAAGUUCUUUGAUACAUAUAAAAUCUUUAGAAUUAAAACUAAAUGGCAAUAUUAUUGACAUUUAAACAGAAUUUAAUUUUAGCUUGCUUAAAGAAUUAAACAAGUUAGGCUUAACUUUUUGGUGUAACAAUUUUUCUGAUUAAAGUUUAUGUAAUCUUUUUAAGUCUAUGAGAAGUAUUAAAUAAUUAGAAGAGCUUACUUUUGAAGUUGUGAGUAAUAAUAUGAGUGAUAAAAUAUAAUAAUUUUAAGGACAUUUGGAUCAUUUAAAUACUCUAAAAAAGUUGGAUUUGGUGUAUAGUAAAAAUGGUAAAAAUCUAACACGUUUUAAGGAUUUCGAUUUAACUUUAUUAGAGAUAAGACAUUUAGAAGAGUUUACAGUUGAUUUAUCAAACUGUAAUUUUGGCUUAGCAGGAGUCACAGAGCUCGUAAAAAACUUGUACUUCUUAUCUAGCAUACUUAAAAUUGAUUUAAAUUUCUCUGAAAACUUAGAGUUCAAUGAUGAAUGUACUAAUGCUAUCUUGGGGAGUAUAUCUUCUCUUCCUCAGCUUAAAAUUUUGGUUUUGAAUUUCUAAAAAACAAGUAUUACAGAUAGAACAGUUGAAGCUAUAUUUAAAAAAAUUGUUGGCAUGACAACUCUAAGGUCCGUUACUGUUGAUUUUAUUGAUAAUAAAACUACAUAAGCAGCGAUGAAAUACAUUGUUGACGGACUUUUAAAGUCAAACCAUAUUUAGCACCCAUAAUUCAGAAUAUGA